AGUCAUUAAGUACUAGUGACCCAAUAGAAUUUGGACCCGACCCGACCCGACCCGACCCGACCCGACCCUCAGUCAAAUUCUUGUAUCUCUUUGCACCAGGCAGCAACAAGAAGAAGAAUCAGCAAAGAAGAGCAGCAGCUGCAGAAAAUGGGAAUUGGGAAUGUGUUAUUUUUCUUGUUAAUUUUGUUGUUUCCAUUGCAUUACAGUUCAGCUGAAAGACAAGUAAUAGAAUUGAAAGGAGGACCAGAUGAUGUAGCAUGGAUAGUUCAAUUAUCUGAUCUACAUUUCAGUGUUCAUCAUCCUCAACGUGCUAUUCACUUCAACGAUAUUGUGGGUCCUACUCUUAGCACGAUCAAUCCUUCUUUGGUCUUCAUUACUGGUGAUCUUACUGAUGGGAAGAGCAAGGAUUUACUAACAAUGAAGCAAGAUGAAGAGGAGUGGCUGGAAUACCAGAAAGUCCUGGACGAUGUCAUUAAAAGGAGUGGACUGAAGAAAAACGUGUUUUAUGAUCUCCGAGGAAAUCAUGAUACAUUUGGUGUACCGGCCAUUGGAGGUUCAUUUGAUUUUUACUCAAAGUAUAGCAUUAAUGGGCAGCUAAAAAGAAGUGGUCUGGUCAAUAGUGUCACCAUUCAGACUGGUGAACGCAGUAUUCAGUUCGUUGGAUUUGACAGCGUUACAUCUUUAGGUCUGAGGGGCCCAACAAAUCUAUUUGGUCAUCCCACUGAUCAACUAUUAGAUGAAAUAAGCUCUGAGUUCUCAGUACUAGAUUCUCAACCCGCCAAACCAGUUAUCAAGAUUGCUUAUGGGCAUUUCCCACUUUCAUUUUCUGCAGCAUCACAUUCUGGAAGAACCUUAAAAGAUACAUUUCUGGUGCAUAACUUGUCAGCUUACUUAUGUGGGCAUCUGCAUACAAGGUUUGGUAAGAAUUUAAAGAGGCAUCAUGAGUCAAAUCAACAUCCCUUGUGCUCUAAACAUCUUGUCCAGUUGAAUGGACAUGGAUCACUUCCGAAUUAUUCGAAAACUUGUUCGGAUGGGGCUACUGAAUUUAAAGAAUUCUGGGAGUGGGAAAUGGGUGACUGGAGGAAAAGUAGAGCAAUGCGCAUAGUGGCCAUUGAUAGAGGAUGGAUGUCUUUUGUUGAUGUUGACUUCAAGUUGGGAGCUAAGAAUGUUAUUAUAUUGCCAACGUUUCCUCUGGACUCUCGCUAUACUUUGGAGAGAUCGUUUCACAAGUGCAAGAUGGAUUCCUUAUACCUAGACAGCAUCAGAGCUCUUGUAUUUUCUUCUUCUCCAGUUGUAUCGGUUGUGGCUAGGAUAUAUGAUUCAAGUUCGGGAAAUCUCGUUUUGGUUUUGGACACUCCUAUGCAAAGAAGUGAGGAUGCUUCAUCUAGGGGGAACCUUUAUACAUGUCUUUGGAACGUUAAAGCCUUCGAAGAUCCAUCUCCUGAGAGAUUUUUGUUGCAAAUAGAAGCAGUUGAUAUUGGAGGCAGGUCAACUUUGACUGAACUAAGACCAUUUUCUGUUGGCGGUAUUCGUGCUAGGCUUUCAUGGAACUGGAAAGAGUUUAUAGUGAUGGGAUGUCAGUGGGAGGCUUUAUAUUACCCAAUAUUGUGGUCUUUCUAUUUGUUAACUCUUCCCAUCCUCGUCUUUCCAAAAGCUAUCUUCGUGUACUUAAGGAAGCAAUAUACUUACAAGAAUUUAGUUGGAAAUAAAGGAUUGCUAACUUGUGUGGCGUGGAUCUCAUCGGAGCUAUACAAUCUUCCACUUGUUUGGUUCUCGAUAAUUUCUUACUUGUUUUACCUCAUAUUAUGUCCUUGGCUUUCUGGCCAAGUUUUCAGCAAAGGAGGAGAAAGGGGAUACAUGACGUACAGGGGUUGGGUGCUGAGAUUCAGCGAGAAGGAAAAGGUGGUCUAUCAUGGAUUUCCAGAUAUAAUGGUGGUAGUUCUUCCCCAUCUUUACUUUGUAGUGUUGCCUACAAUAAUUGUAAUUGGGGCAUUGGUGGCUGAGAAGGCGAUAUUCCAAGAUCAUCUCCGAGCUCUUUCUGCAAAAAAAGAAGAUGAUUAUUUGGUGAAGUAUAAUGUAUCCGCACCUACUAGUGGAAGAAAUAAGACGCUGACACUCCUCCAUAGGCGAUGGAUUAGAAAAAUGCUCCUGUUAAUAUCUUUGGCGAUUUGUUGGAAGCAUUUCUUGAACUGCAGAGCUCUUAUCAAAGCCUAUGCAAUGAAUCCGUUUAUCCAUUUCCCAAUCUAUAGCAUGUCGAUACCUCUCCUGUUAGUUUAUACCAUCUACAAAACCAGCAGAGCUGAGUAGAAUUUUCGAAGGUGAACUUCUGUAAGUUCAAUACAUCAGACUGAAAUGUACACCGGCCUAUUAGUAAGAAGGCCUCAACGCUGCUUCUUCACCGACAGAUGUACAUCACAUUUAGCAUCUCAUGAGGGGCAACACGAAGGCUUCAAAGGUUGCGGUUAGCCCAAAGGAUUGAUUGGCUCCAGACGAAUUUCUUGAAAUUCCAGUUGUUAGACUAGUAGAAGCAUUGAAUAUUCAUUGUUUUAGACAUUGAAAUACUGGUACAAGACAUCGAUCUUUACGUAGUUUUACAAGCAUUUGAAAAAUGCAGCAAUGUAGAACUUCAGAUUCAUGUAAAUGUAUUACUAUAAGUUGACAAAGCAGUGAAAGAGAAUGGUUAGUCUAA